GAAUGACCCAGAUAUACCCUGAAUAUAUGCACUUUCAAGGCCAGUCUCAAAGCAACAGGUGAUAGUCCCAUGCUAGACGCUGACGUGAGUUAUGGCCAAAUAGUCACGUCACACUCAGCCACUUACAUCAUGGGAAAACCAAACAAUUGUCGUGACCCCAACGUACAACAAUGUGUUUACAGAACAAGAUUAGUCUAGUUAGCAACUACGUUAGAUUCAUAAGGGCUUUGGACAUUGGCCAUUAGAGCUGGGUGUGAGCUUAUUCACAGCAAGUGCGUGUUAGACAGGUGAAAAUGUGAAUUGUGGAGCUACAUCUAAAGACGACUGUAGAGGUGUUAGACUGAGGUGAUCAAUUGGGGAACUGUUUGAGAAGAUACUUGAAUAUCACAGACUGGUAACACGAAUAUCCAAGACAUGAAUGUUGAUAGCCUCGACGGAGCACUUAUGUCAAGGUGCGACGUGUGUAAGAUGAACAUCCCACACCGCAUUCUGACCCCGGAUGACCCGGGCAAGUCCAUGGUCAAGUCCCUGGAGAGUGACAGCAGCGGGGAGUGUUACGUCACGCCGCAGUCAUCGUUUGCUGAUGGCGUCAGUCAGGGAAGCCAAGAGUCACUAGAGAAGAGAUCUAGUCUCCCCCGAAUGAAGAGUUAUGAUGCUGUUGUGUUUGAUGUUCUCAAGGUGUCCCCCGAUGACUUCGCUAGUCAGAUAACUCUCCUCGAUUUGCCAGUUUUCCAGUCCAUUGAACCUGAUGAGCUUACAUCAUGUGCGUGGACGACGAAGGAGAAGCUCAUCAAAGCCCCCAAUGUCGUCGCUUUCACGAGACGAUUCAACCAUGUCAACUUCUGGGUACAAAAGGAGAUAUUAAACUGUCAAACCUUGAAGACCCGAGCCGAGGUCUUGUCUCAUUUUAUCAAGAUUGCAAAGAAACUUCUUGACCUCAACAACCUACAUGCAGUUAUGGCAGUAAUUUCGGCAUUGCAGAGUGCUGCAGUGUUCCGGCUGUCCAGAACAUGGAUGAUGCUUUCCAAGAAAGACAAAUCAAUGUAUGAAAAAAUGGCUGACCUGUUUUCUGAGAACAGUAAUCGACAGAAGUUACGAGAUUACAUGGAGAAUGUCAAGCUCCCAUGUAUUCCGUAUCUAGGGUUGUACCUGACUGACCUGAUCUACAUUGACGUGGCACAUCCGCACCACGGCGGCAUGGAGAGUCAGCCUCGCAGACUACAGAUGAACAACAUCCUGCGAGUCAUUGCAGACUUCCAGCAGUCGCAAUACGACCACCUUCCAGUGUUGGAGCACGUACAAAACUACCUGAAGUCAGUCCGCUACAUCGAGGAGCUCCAGAAGUUUGUCGAGGAUGACAACUACAAGUUAUCCCUGAAGCUGGAACCCCCUCACUCCCAGUCCAACUCGUCGUCCCGGGAGGAUGUCAGCUCCCAUCACCACGUCCCCGCCUCCCCCUCCACGGAACCACGCAACAUGCUCUCACCUGGAGCCGGCUCCAAGUUCGCACCUUCGCACAGAAAGUCACGCAGCUUAAGCGCUAAUUUCAUGAGCUGCACCCACCCCCAGGCUGACCGCACGUACAGCCUCCCCUCCCGCACCACCGCCCCCUACGUCCAGGGCAUCCGCCACCUGCUGGACGACAGCGUCCUUGAGGAGUCCCCAUGUGCCUCCAGCGACGGAUCCGUCUGUAGUAAAUUUCAAAAUCUCGAAGGUAGAGAGCACUUAGAUUCCACGUCUAGUGAACCCGAGUCGUUUUGGCCCAAUAAAGACAGUGUGCAUUUCCAUGACUCGGAGGAACCCCCAGAAGCUAUAUUCCAGGCCAGUUUUACUUGUGAAAGCUGUUUGAAGAGGAAGACGCUGCUCAAGGAGGGGAAGAAACCAACGGUGUCGUCAUGGACACGGUAUUGGGUCGCCAUGUGGGGUACAAAUCUGUUGUUCUACCCAGCGAAAUCCUUACGUGGUACAGAUCGCAAUGCUUUUAAGUCGAAUCCAAGCAAGAUGAUGUCGGUGGUUGGUUGGAUGGUGGUCAUGGGAGAUAACCCACUGCAGCCUGAUGCAUUCCAGCUUACAGAUCCUGUCAGGGGAAAUGUGUACAAAUUUCGAGCGGGUUCACAAUCACAAGCCUUGCAGUGGUGCAGAUACUUGAGCGAAGCAUCAAAGAGGUAUUCGCAUCGGCCUCCUGUAAAUCUGAUGUCAUUUGAGUGAGGCGAGAAGCUGUUCUCAACAUGAUUGCUCAAGUUUCAUCACUACAAGGGCCGUGAUUGGUUCUGAUAGUCACAUGACCAGUCACCAUGGCAACAGGCAAUCAGCUGGUCUGAUUCUGCUGCUCCAUGGCUACUAUCUCACUCAUGAGGUGGAGGCUCAUUGUCAUGGUUACGGGCCGACCACCCGGCAACUCGCCUUGCUGUAGUGGAUACUCAUUCCUAGACCAUCAUCCUAUUUUCAGGCAACCUCCGUAGCAAAUCACUCCACACUAAAAUGCUCAUCAUGUGACCCCCAUCUCCCAUGACAACCAACAUAACCAAGACAUGUGCGCCAUGGCCAGUGCAACACCGUCGUCGUCCAAGAGUUGAGUGUCACCUUGAGGUGAUGGCGUGGAGAUUACGAUAUAGCGACACAGUGCAGCGCUUCCAAAAAACGGGUUCUAUGCAAUAUUACCCCUUACUCGUGCCUCCUAGAUAGAGUGACUCCACUGGCCACCGUAGAACCUUGCCGUAGGUAGUGCCAUCAGCAGUUGUCCCCCUUUGUUGUUAGUGUGCUCAAUAAGCUGUGCAAUCCUAACUGUGCGUUCUGUGAUAACUUCUCUCAGAGGUCGACUCUUAUACAGAGGAGCUUGAGGUCGUGACGGAUUGUGUGUGAGAAGAUCUUGUAGAUGAUUUUAGGCAUUUACAUGUUGUGGGAUGUGCUUUUAAAUGUCACGACCUCUGGCACUAUACGGGAGCUUGACGUCUUCAUGGAGGAGGACAGGUUUUAAUUAUGACUCAUAUGGAAACCCAUGUGAAUUACUCUCUCAAGACUUGGACAACCAGCUUAUGGUUACAGAUCAUGGAUUGUAUGGUUUGUGUCUUGAAGCAUAUUGACAAGACUUGUUUUACGCUUUCUGUGCAAUGCUGUACGCACUGUGCAGCGGGUUGUACAGAACACAGUAUUUAUGUGCAAGACCUUCACACAAACGUGUACAAGUCAAGUGGAUACUUUAUUCUGUGGGAAAAUACUUUUUUAGUUUUUAAUCACUAUGAAGCAAAAACAUCUUUCCCAUGACUUCAGUACUUCUACUGGAAAACUCAUUUUUAGUUUUUAUCAUUAUGACACAAAAGCAUACCUUAGUUAUUGUGAUGAAACACAAUUGAUCCGAUUCCAUUGAAUAAAGUUAAUUUUGUCCAAAAUAUGGUCUACAAAGUAUGUUUGGGUAGAGUAUUUUUCUAGUCAAAGGACAUUUACCUAGUCUAAGGGUGGUAGUCAAAUUACAAUCUAGGUGUCCAAUGAAAUUGAAUUUUUGGUACCUUGAGAAACUUUCAUAACAUGACACGAGUGCUAUAGAAUAAAAAGAAAUAAAAUGAGUGCUUUUGACCCAAUUUGAUUGACCAAACGUCUUAUAGAAAAUACAUUAUUAGAACAUUAACGACAAAACAGUAUUAAAUAUCUUCAUCCCCAAUUUACAGAUUUUUUUACUUUUUUUUCUUUUUGAUGUUUACUUUUCAUAGGGGAGGUGUUUUCUUGAACCUUUUGCUCUAUUAUGCAUGUUUAGUGUGCACCAACUUGAGUCCCUGGUUUCUCAUACCUGUGUAAUCUAAGCUGUAUAAGUUAAGGUGAACUUGAGUGUAAUAUAUUUAUUGUAGUUGAUAAGUAAAAUUGAAUGAUUAAAAAAUAUUAGCUUGAUUAUGGAACAAUUUGCCUCAACUCGAAAACUAAAUUUGCAAAACUUUCGAACAUUUAUUUUUAAAAAAUGAAAAAAUGUCAAGUCUAAAGGUGUCUAGUCUUGGUAAAAUUAUUGGUAUUUGACGUUGAGGCAGACUUAUAUUCCUAUUAAUGUGUUCUGUAGCUAGUUUGGCAGCAUGCUACAACUAUCGGAUAUUUGUCUAUAUCAUGUAACCCUCAUAUGAUACAGAUAUAUUUGUAACAAAAAAAGAUGUCAAUAUUUAAUGUAUAUGAAGAAAAACAUGCACAAAGUUAUCACUACUGUUGCUGUGAAGUAUACGUUUAGAAGCGGUAAACUGACAAUGAAUAAUAAUGAGGUUUUUCUUAGUGCUAUCACCUGACAGGACCCGGAUAUGAUUGACAGGUGCUGAUUUCAUGUAGUCAGCAACAGCUGGCAGCUUCUCAGAACAUGCAGUCUCAACCACUGGUUGGUGACCGUUAGUCACCACAUGUAUUUUACACAAGAAAUACGUCAAAAUAUAUUGGCAUAUUUAUUCUCAAAAUGGUCAAGAUUGCAGGUUAUUCUGAGAAAUGUCACCCCAAGUUGAUCUCCUUUUUUUGAGUAAUACUGAUUUGUUGGAAAAACAUGGAAAUUUGGAUACAUGACUUUGGAUUUUUUUUAAAUCAAAAGGUUGAACUGUAUUACUCAAAAAAUUAUACGUUCAUAAUAUCAUCGGUUGACUCGCCCCUCUAGGGGUGAUUUCACACGGCUAUGACAACUACACCACUACACCCAUUGGCUGCCAAAAUAUUCAGUCUUGUUUAUUUUAGGUCCUGCCUGGAAGAACAGGUUAUUGAACCCUAAACAUGUGUUUGUAUUUUUUGGGCAAACAGGAUUAUACAAACACAUGUUUGGGGCUGGUGAUGAAUUCCUGUUAUCUUGCUGGAUGUGGACAGAUUUGACAAGAUUUGACGCAGAUAUACAUGGUUAGGGCUAACUGUGCAAGCUGUUAAGCCCUGAUUGUGUGUAUUUAGUGAAGGGGUGUUGUAAUAACUAACCGAAAGGAGUAUUGCAUUCCAGUCAAUGCUAAGUUCAGUUGCUUAGCGGUCUAUUUUGUAACCAUUAUUGAUAUUGAAAUGUACAGAUUUUUUUUUUCAUGCAGUAAAAAAUACUGUAAAACUC